AGAUUAUCUACCUUUCUAAUACUGACCACAAGAUUGGCAUGCAGACGCCACGAUGACCGUUCCAAAAACAGCGCCUGGUCCUUCUAACAUAUAUUACGAAACUAUCCAAGAAAACUCUGAUGAUGAUUUUCAACCCACUGUUGUUAUCAGGAAGAGAAAAAGCAGAGAAAGUACUCAAAAUGAUGAGUCUCAAAGAAAAAAGGCCAAAGGCAAAGAAAGAGCUAGAGAUGCAAUCCUACCUGACGUCCAAUAUAAUGUAGGAAGUUCAAGCAACAUCGAUCCUUCUACAACAAAUGAAGUAUUUGAUACAAGCGUAGUGACUUUGGACGAUUACAAUCUUGAUUCUGACGAUGAUUUUUGCGAAACUAUCGUAAGACAAACUACAUCUGGUGAAUCCAGCAAGUUUGCUCCCCGUAAGGAAUCCAAAGGUUCUUCAACUUCUACUCUUGCAAUAUAUACUGCUGUUGUUGCUAAAUCCGCUGCUUCUACUGUUACAUCUGCUGCUGCUUCUAUCAAAGCUACUACUACGGGUACUACCAAGACAUCCCCCGUUUCUGAAGCAAGUUCGGUUGCUGCUACAGAAAUAAAUAUCGAAGUAGCCGACAAACGCGUCAUAGCGGUAAAGACGACUGUAAAGAACAUUUGGAAGCCGGCAUAUAUCGAGCCAUUACAAGAUCUAGUAAAUAUUACUAAUACAAUUGUCACUCACACUUUUGCCUUUAUCAAGUAUAUCUUUGUAAGUGAGUUGAUGAAAAAUAUCGAGUUUGACUUGAAAAGCUAUGUUAACAAGAGUUUUUUUUUUUUUUUUUUUUUUUUUUUUUUUUUUGUUGAGGUAUUCUUGAGUCUUACCCUGAGACGAGUGUAUGAUGGUACCAAAUCUCGAAAAACACGCCUCAAAGAAACAACGAAAUUAUAUAGACAAUUGAUUGCCAAACACAAAGGCUUAUAUUGCGAAAAUGCCGGCUAUAUUCCACCUAAACUAGAAUGCCCAGCAAAUUGCUUUAAAGAAAAAUCAAAUGCUCUUCAAGAAAGAAUGACGACAGAAGAAUAUAGCACAAAAUCCAUACAAGCAGCUGUCCGUAAAGAGGUCUUUACUCCCUGCACCCAAGUAAAACUUACUGUAGCGAAAAAAAAAGAAAUGCCCAAUUCUGACAUCUUGAAUGAAAAGUCGAUAUCAGAAAUAGAAACUCUAUUCUUCAUGUAUCCUACAGACUACAGAUUCCAUAAAGAUUCAAUAUUCUAUGAUAAGUUGAAAGAAUUCAUUUGUUUUCCUAUACGAACCAUGUUUAUUCCCCAAUAUAUGACAGUGGAUAGUAAGAUCGCUUUUAAAGAACAAAGAUUAAAUAAGUCUCUUCAUUUUGAGGGAACUUUGGAGAUUGAUGGAAUUGGUGUUUCUAUUCUGAAGCAAAAUACUGCUACAACUAGGAAGAAAAAGCUAACAGAAGAUAGCCCUGAAACUUUAAAAAAGGAAGAUGGACGAAGAAGUGACAAUGAUGCCCAGUAUAUUAAAACAUUAACACAAGCAGAGCUGGCAAGCAUGAAUGGAAGAUGCGUUUUGAUUGAUCUCGGAAGACGUGAUAUUUUAUACUGUAUGAAAGAAACCAGUGUGGUUAAGCACGAAGAAGUUCUUGUUUUUACAAAAAAUGACAGAUCAAAAAGAUCAAGACACUUUAGAACUUUACGAAAGUCAAUUAAACCAUCCAUGGUUGAAUCCGCUGAAGCUCUUCUUUCCAAAACCCCGUCAUCCACUGUAGAUGUAGUCAAAUUUGUAGAUUACAUUAAGACAAGAUCAUCGGUGGAAAACGUACUAAACCGAUACUAUGGAAAUGAAACAAAAUCAUCCAAAGAUCUUUACUUCCCCAGCUCCUUGUUUGGCUUUCAUGUGGGUGAGAAAAGCAACUUGUAUUUUGGUCAUUUACUCGUCUUAAAUAUUCGAGGCAUCGUUUCUUCUCCUGACACUCGAACGCAAUCUCAACUUAAAUUGUUGGAGAAACUUCAAGUUUUGCCAUUCCGAAAGCUGAAGUUUUCAUCCAAAAUUUUCUAUGAUCAAAAUAACCAGAUGUUAGUGAAGAGAUUGAAAAAGAAUUUUGGUCAUGAUGCGAUUCUUGUUAUUGGUAAUUGGUCCGCUUCAAACACAAAAUAUCAUGAGCCAACCAGGAACAAAGGUCUCAUUCGAAUGCUGAAGAAAAACGGCUUCCAAGUAUUCAAGAUUGACGAAUAUAAGACUUCUUCAUGCUGCCCAACCUGUGAAAGUUCAUUAAAAAAGUUUAAAACAGUCGCCAACCCUCACCCCCAUAAGAGAGAGAGCCAAAAUGCCAACUAUGUAAAAAUCAUAACUGCCUGUUGGCCAACCUUGAACAAGUCAAAGAAAUUCCACGAAAGCUGUGGAAUCGAGAUAUGGCAGCUGUUUUAA